AUGGAAUGUUUUCGGCAGAUCGUUCGGCUUAUCAAGUCCCCGUUUGAGCGUGAAUCCCACCGAGUUUUAGAGAUUGGACCCCCAACCAAUUUUCGGAAGGAAGAGCUGCCGGCAUUCUUCUCCGAUGACGACGCGCUGACCGUACAUAGCAAUGGCUCGACAAAUGAGAAGGAGGCCAUUAUUAAAGAAAUGGAACGUCGGCCAUCGACCUGUGACAAAAUCAAGGACCAAGUCCGAAGGCUAAGCGUCAUUGCUCAACGCCCGUCUCCUGACCAAGACUAA